AUGAGUGGUACGCUCAGAUCUACUAGUGCUGAGAGUGCUUGUCACCUGUGUGUGCCGCCUGACCCCGGUAUCCAGUCUACUGCUCUAGGUACUGGUGAGGCUGCUGCUCUAGGUGCUAGAGUGUCUGUUGCCCCAGGUGCUGGUGAGGGUGGUGCUCUAGGUACUCGUGAGUCUGCCCCCCCUGGUACUAAGUCUACUGAGGCACCGCACACCUUCACACUGGACUCAGGUGCUUCUCGCCGUUUCUUUCGUGACCGCACUGCCCUUGAGCAGCUUGCUCGACCAGUUGCUAUCUCCCUUGCUGACCCCUCUGGGGGUCCGGUCAUUGCGACCUCCUCCACUGUCCUUCCUUGUCCUGCGGUUCCAUCGGGCACACCGUCAGGUCUCCACCUCCCCUCGUUCUCUACGAACUUGGUGGCGGGUUGUGCGCUCCAGGACGGGGGUGUCCACCAGUUCACCCCUGCCUACGAGCGCGUGACACACUGCACGUGUGCUCGGACGAGCCGUCACCUGGCUACCUUCACUCGGCAGCCGGGGUCGGACCUGUACACACUGACCACUGAGUCCCCUCAAGUAGCUGCGUCUGCGUCUGCUUCAGGUCAGCUGUCUGCCCCCUGCUCGUGUCGCUCUCUAGCACACGAGACCGUCCUCUGGCACCACCACCUUGGUCACCCGACAGUGCAGUGCCUUCGUGCCAUGCACUCCCGGUACCUUGUCUUCCCCGGGUACUCCCUCCCCUCCCACCCUCACCUGCUCCUCCCUGUCUUCCUUGUGUCGAGGGGCGGCAGCGCGCCGCUCCUCACUCCUCUUUUCCCCCGACGACUGCUCCCUUGUAGACGCUCCACAUGGACGUGUGAGGCCCAGCCCGCGUCCGUGGACAGGGUCAGGAGAGGUACUUCCUGA